CAGUGUGGCAAACUUAGCGACUGUGUUGCAAGAUUUACCGAUUUUUUUUUUCUUUCCCGCCCAGAAAGCGAAAAGCGACAAUAUUAGCGGCUUUUCCCGGUGACUUCGACUUUUGGAAACAGCCCUGAAAAGCGAAAUCCGUUACCGUAUUUUGUGUACAUACAGCUUCCGUACCGCAUCGCUUCGGCAUUUCCGGACUUCGCUUCUUGGAGAGCCGAAAGCGUGUUUUCUUGCGCAGAAGUUGUGAACCGUGGUCCUAGCAGCAGAACUUCACACUCUUACGAGAUGCAUCCAUCCAUUAUUUCUAAAGGAGGACUUGUGGGGAGCAUAACCCUCGCAUUCUCGAAUCAUGGUUGUCCAUUAUGCCCCAAAUUUAAAACGCGAAGUGACAGUGCAAUUAAAAGACACAUGGAGAACCACAAGUCAAACGGAGUGCAUUUCCAGGAUACAGUUAUCUGCAGAUGUAACCAGCCGUGCCGUGAUGGUGGCCAUUUCCACUGUCCCUUUUGCCCCCAGACAAUAGUGCGCAAAGAGGACGCAGAAACGCAUGUUUCCAGGUGUAAAGAGAUGCAGAUGCAGCGACCCACAUCAGUGCCACCUCAUAUAAUAGUGAUCCCACGUUUUACACCACACAAGAAGAACGUUCAAAGGCCACCUUCCAUUCAGUAUCUGAAAGAGUUCAUCAAGGAGAGACUCACUGCUGCUUGUGAAGAAAUCUUCUCAGAGGUUCAAAAGACGGUCGUCCAGUAUGAGGAGGAGAUCGACCGUCAGUGCAGACUGCUGGAUAUGAGCCGGAAACCCGACACAAACUCACACAUCACAGACCUCCCACAGCAACAUGACUGUGAGGAAGAGGAGGGUCUGGAUGAGCAGCAGGUCUGUACCCAGGAGACAAACUCCAGUCUGGAUCAGGAGGACCCAGAGCCUCCACAGAUUAAAGAGGAACAGGAGGAAGUCUGCAGCAGUCAGGAGGGAGAGCAGCUUGGACUGAAGCAGGAGGCUGAAGGCAUCUGGACUGAUGAAGAGCGGCUCAGACUGCUGGAGACCAUCUGGAAACCUGAGAUAAAGUCAGACAGAAUAGACCUCCAACAGCAGCAUGUGUGUGAAGAGGAUGUUCUCACAGAGCAGCAGGUCUAUAAACAGGAGACGAACUCUGGUGUGGACCAGGAGGACGCAGAGCCUCCACAGUUUAAAGAGGAGCAGGAGGAGCUCUGCUGCAGUCAUGAGGGAGAGCAACUUGGACUGAAGCAGGAGGCUGAAGCCUUCAUGGUGACUCCUACUUAUGAGGAAAGUGACCACAGUGAAUCAGAACAAAGCAAUGAGCAGCUCCUUUCUCACAGCUUUCCUGAAGCUGAGAGCCGAGAUCAGGAAGAAAGCCAGGAUGUGGACUCAGGAUCAACUAGAAAUGCAGAGCUGAAGAAGAGGAAGAGAAAGAGAAGUCACACUCCUCCUUAUGAGGAAAGUGACCACAGUGAAGCAGAACCAAGCAAUGAGCAGCUCGUUUCUCACAGCUCUCCUGAAACAGAGAGCCAAGAUCAGGAAGAAAGCCGGGAUGUGGACUCAGGAUCAACUAGAAAUGCAGAGCUGAAGAAGAGGAGAGCUCACAGGAAGAGAAGUCACAGUCAGAGAGUCAGACGACAAUCUCUUACUGAGUCUCCUGAGCCUGAAAUUUUCAGAACCAUAGAGGAGGAUCCUGAGAACCAGACUAUUAAUUUGGAUCCUGAGUCUGACCUUAGCCACCCUGAACAGGACCACGAUCCCAUCCCAAGGCUGAGGAGGACAAAAAGUGAACAGAUAACCAGCCAGAUGAAUUUUGACUCCGAUGGGCCUUAUGACUCCUCUCCAACUGAAAGUGGAGAGAAAUAUAUUCCCAAAAUUAGUGGGGAGUGUUCUGCUGAUAAUGGAAGAGACAUUAUUGAGUCAAAUGAUCAGAAAAAGGGAAUGCUCAGUUACCUUAACCCAGGGAUUAUGGAUUAUGUCAGAGAUGGAUAUUUCUCAUCAAAGGAAGUGAAUAAUGGUUCUUCAAAGCAGAUGGGUACCGAAGGAUGCUCACCAACAAGAAAAGGAAGACUUUCUGGAAUGAAACAUAAAAGGCGAUGUGUUAGAACUGUAUCCUCUUCUGCAGCUAAAUCCAAAUAUUGUCCCAUAUCAAAACAUGGAGCCUUGGAGUCAGAAAACCCAACACCAGAUCUUGGGCAAAAUCUUCCUGCUUCUUCCCCACUUCAUGCUGUUGUCGAUGGUUCACUUAGCAUAGCUGCUGCCACAAAAAAAAAGAAUGGGUCAAGAAUGUACAACAAAAAGCAAUACUGUUUGUACUGUAAGACGGCAACUGCAAAAAUCGCAAGGCAUUUAGAGCGUGCUCAUUCCAAUAAGCCAGAGGUUGCACUGGCUUUCUCAUUCCCAAAAGGCUCCAAACAACGGCGAAUGCAUCUGGAGCAUUUGAGAAACUUUGCGCAUAAUCUUCACGUAUUAAAUGCUGGUUUUGGUGAUCUUGUUCCCCGCAAGAAACCAAAAAAGGAUUCCCAAGCACAGAAUUUCCUGCACUGUGUAUAUUGUCAAGGCCUUUUCACAAAGAAACUCCUUUCACGGCAUAUGUUGAUCUGCAAAUUCAAGCCCUGUGGAGAACAACCUGCCAAAAUCCGUGGACAGGCCCUCUGUCCAUCUGCUGCACUUCCACCACCUGGUGUCACAGCAGAACUUUGGAAGCUGUUGAACAACAUGUUUCAGGAUGAAGUUUGUUCUGCUGUAAAAUCAGAUAUCUGUAUCAUGGAGUAUGGUGAACAUUUGUAUAUCCGGCUUGGAUAUGAUGUAAGCAAACAUGAAUAUAUACGGCAGAAACUGAGGGACCUGGGAAGGCUUCUCAUCUGCUCAAGGAAAAUAACUCCCUUGAACACCAUUGAAGACCACAUCAAACCUGUAAAUUUCCUGCAUGUUGUGCAAGCAGUAAAACAUUUGGCAGGAUAUGACAGUGAAACCAACAGAUUCAAAUGCCCAAGUGUUGCUCUCAAAAUUGGGUACAGUUUGACAAAGAUUUCAGUGCUUGUUGAAAGCCGUGCAAAGUUAAACGGUGACUCCAGAGCAGCAAAAGAUGCUCAUUCAUUUCGCAGAGUCUAUGAAGCCAAAUGGAAUGAACUGAUACCAGCGACAUCACUGAGAACUCUCCAGGAAUCAAAGUGGAAUGCUCCUCUCUUGCUUUCAUUCACAAAAGAUAUCCAGACUCUCCACUCAUAUUUAGAUGCACAGCAAAAACAUUUCCACAGCAAGUUGUCCACAGAGGCAUCCCCCCAAGCAUGGUCACAGCUCACAAAGCUCACUUUGACACAAGUCGUUUUGGUCAACCGACAAAGAGCAGGGCAGGUAUCAAAAACGCCCCUGUCUGUGUAUUUGUCUCAAAAUCCAUCUGACCCUCAGGAUGAUGUGGAUGCAGCCCUCUCUAACAUAGAAAAGAAACUCUGUCAACACUUCAGGCGGAUAGAGAUAAGAGGCAAAAGGGGAAGAAAAGUUCCUGUGCUUUUGACCCCACCAAUGCAACAAGCACUGGAUCUCCUUGUCAGCAAACGGCAGGAAUGUGGGGUUCCUCAGGAGAAUGUAUACUUAUUUGCAAAACCACGCGCUUUUUCCUGCUACCGUGGAUCUGAUUGCCUUCGGCACUUUGCCAAUGUCUGUGGGGCAGAAAGUCCUGAGAGUCUCACCUCUGCAAAACUGCGCAAACAAACUGCAACUUUGUCUCAAGUUCUCAACCUCACUGAUACAGAGCUUGUUCAGUUAGCUGAUUUCCUUGGUCAUGACAAAAGAGUGCAUCAGGAGUUCUACAGGCUUCCUGAGGGUACCCUCCAGCUUGCUAAAAUAAGCAAAGUACUCAUGGCUCUUGAACAAGGACGCCUGACAGAAUUCAACGGCAAGACCCUGGAUGACAUCAGCAUUGAUCCUGAGGAGAAUGUGGACAUAGACAGCGACACCGAGAUGGUUGAUUCAGACUCACAAGACCUCCAACAGCAACAUGUCUGUGAGGAGGAGGAGGUUCUCACAGAACAACAUGUCUGUAACCAGGAGACAAACUCUGGUGUGGACCAGGAGGACGCAGAGCCUCCACAGUUUAAAGAGGAGCAGGAGGGAUGCUGCAGAAGUCAGGAGGGAGAGCAGCUUGCAGUGAACCAGGAGGCUGAUACAUUCAUGGUGACUCCUACCUAUGAAGAAAGUGACCACAGUGAAGCAGAACCAAACAGUGAGCAGCUCCUUUCUCACAGCUCCCCUGAAGUAGAGAGACAAGAUGAGGAAGAAAGCCAGCAUGUGGACUCAGGAUCAACUAGUAAUGCACAGCUGAAGAAGAGGAGACAUUACAGAAAGAUUCCUCACAGUGUUACUGAAGGCCAAGACCUCCCACAACAACAUGACUGUGAGGAAGAGGAGGGUCUGGAUGAGCAGCUGGUCUGUAACCAGGAGACAAACUCCAGUCUGGACCAGGAGGACCCAGAGCCUCCACAUAUUAAAGAGGAACAGGAGGAAGUCUGCAGUAGUCAGGAGGGAGAGCAGCUUGGACUGAAGCAGGAGGCUGAAAGCAUUAUUGUCUGGACUGGGGAAGAGUGGCUCAGACUGGUCAAAACCAUCUGGAAACCUGAGAUAAAGUUACACAGAAUAGACCUCCAACAGCAAUAUGUCUGUGAGGAGGUUCUCACACAGCAGCAGGUCUUUAACCAGGAAAAGAACUCCAGUUUGGACCAGGAGGACCCAGAGCCUCCAGAGAUUAAAGAGGAACAGGAGGAACUCUGCAGCAGUCAGUUUGGACUGAAGCAGGAGGCUGAUAGCUUAAUGGCAACUCCUACUUAUGAGGAAAGGGGCCACACUGAAUUAGAACCAAACAGUGAGCAGCUCCUUUCUCACAGCUGUCCUGAAGCAAAGAACCAAGAUCAGGAAGAAAGCCAGUAUGUGACCUCAGGGUCAACUAGAAAUGCAGAGAUGAAGAAGACGAGACAUCACAGAAAGAAAAGUCACAGUCAGAGACUAUACAACGUUCCUGUGUCAGAAAGUCAGGGUGAAACUGACACAACAAAAAAGUCUAUUCAUUGUGACACCUGUGGCAAAUCUUUUCAAUAUAAAUCCCAACUGGCUACACAUCUAAGGAUGCACACAGUUUCCAAAUGUUCUUGGAUAAAGGAACUUCUUAAAUAACUGGUCCCAGACUGUGAGACUUGGCCCCCAUCUCUCCUCCACCCGCACACUGAGCACUGGCUCCCCACAGGGCUGUGUGCUGAGCCUGUUGGGAUUUUCAUUACCUCAAUGCUGAUAUAUAUUAUUGUUAUUUCUACUUUUGCUUAUUGUAACUACACUGCUUUUUUCACUGAAAUAAAAUUUUACUUAACUUUUAACUUUACUGUGUGUCUAAAAGUAGUAGUAGGAUUCGAGGCCUGUUGGAAUUGCUCUUAUUCAUGUUCAAGGCGCCGAAGCUUAUGCCACCUCUCCUUAGCUGGUCCCCUUUGGUCAGGCAGGCCCUCUUAGAUCAUUCUCAAAGCAGACUCAUCUUCUGCUCUGGCCCCAUGUUGAACCGCUUGAUCAUUCAAAUUCAUGCUUAAGGGUCUCUGCUUAUAAAACUGCCUUUUUUGGGUUCAUGAAUAGGACACCAGUCAUACUGGGUGCCCAUUUUUCGAUUUACUCUGGUGCUAGAGAUAAUUCUGUCCAGUAGACCUAGCCAUAGGCUAUCUUGCUUAUGUAGCACAGCCAGAGAUUUUGGAAAUGCAAAUCAAAAAAGUGUAAAUCUGUCUAAGCAACAAGUCUUGUGGCAAAUUGGGACUCACUUUCUCCCUUACAUCUGGUCUGUUUAAGCGUGGGCAGUUGUAAAUCCUUCUCCAGAAGUACCAUAGGAUGGCCACAAGGAGGUUGUUUCUGACAAUUACUGUGAUGAAUUUUUCUUACUGUCUUGUUGAUGUAUUGAAGAUGCUUCGGGAUGUUUGUGCCUUUUCAGAUAAUGUAGGGAGAAUUAAUGAUAGCCUCUAAUGUAUGCUUACAAAUCACUGACUAUACACAAAACCUUAGACAAAGAAAGGCAGAGAGUAUAGUAGUAGUUGUGGCAUUGUACGUGUGGUGUGGGUGCUGUUGCUCUCCGUUUUUCUCUUGCUAACUGCUAAGGCACAGACUCCUGGGAGGCUUC